UGUCAAAUGCGCGGCGUAGUGAGCGGAGUUCGCACUAGCCCGGACGGCUCUACCAUCGAAGUGGUGUGUUGCGAGCGGGAGAGAGAGAUGACCAGAGCUCCGCGACGCUGGACAGUCAAACAUGGAGCUUUUUAAAACGCUAAUUUCGGUGCUUUGGAUGUUAUUGCUGAAUGGAAACAAGGGCUGUCACGCUGAGGAAGUGGUCCUGCUGAACUCUAAAGAAACUCAGGCAGAGCUCGGCUGGACGUCGUACCCCUCCAAUGGAUGGGAAGAGAUCAGUGGCGUGGAUGAGAAGUACCAAGCCCAUCAGGAUCCUACCAGGUGUUGUAACGUGAUGGAGACGGCGCUGCAGAACAACUGGCUGCAGACGGGCUGGGUGGCGCGGCGCGGUGGCCAGCGCAUCUUCGUGGAGCUGCAGUUCACGCUGCGCGACUGCAACAGCAUCCCGGGCGUGGCGGGCACCUGCAAGGAGACCUUCAACUUGCUCUACGUGGAGUCGGACAAAGACCUGGGCCGGGUGACCCGCGAGGAGCGCUACACUAAGAUCGACACCAUCGCCGCCGACGAGAGCUUCACGCAGGGAGACCUGGGCGAGAGGAAGAUGAAGCUCAACACGGAGGUGCGGGAGAUCGGACACCUGAACCGGAAAGGGUUCCACCUGGCGUUCCAGGACGUGGGGGCGUGCGUGGCCUUGGUGGCGGUGCGGGUGUACUACAAGCGCUGCCUGGCCACGGUGCAGAACCUGGCUGUGUUUUCCGAUACGGUUGCCGAGGCGGCAUUCGCCACCCUGGUGGAAGUCAGGGGAGCCUGCGUCAACAAUUCCGAGGUGGACAUGGACAGCCCUCCCAGGAUGCACUGCAGCGCUGAAGGGGAGUGGCUGGUGCCCAUCGGGAAGUGCAGCUGUUCAGCGGGUUACGAGGAGGGCCACAGCAGCUGUGAAGCGUGUCCCCCUGGCUCGUACAAGAUGUCUUCCAGACAGCAGGAGUGUUUUGCGUGCCCGGCCAACAGUGUGGCGGAGGAGGAAGGCUCGGUGGUGUGUGUGUGUGAGGAGGACCACUUCAGGACCCCUCUGGACAACCCCUCGGCCCCCUGCACCCGCCCCCCCUCUCCUCCCAAAGACUUGGUCUACACCCUCAAGCAGUCCACCCUGAUCCUGGAGUGGGGCGCGCCAACGGACACGGGCGGCAGGGGGGACCUGACCUACAGCGUGGGCUGCCGCCGGUGCGUGGGGGUGCAGUGUGAGCCGUGCGGGGCCAGCGUGGGCUUCAUGCCCCAGCAGAGCGGGGUGACCGAGCGCACGGUGACCGUGGUUAACCUCAUGGCCAACUCUAACUACACGUUGACGGUCGAGGCCCUCAAUGGCGUAUCAGAGCUUCUGCCCAACAAGAGGUUCUACACACAGGUCAACGUGUCAACUAGCGUGCCAGCGCCCUCUCUGGUGAGUGAGUUUCAUGCGGAGAAGAUUGAGCAGCGCAGCCUCACCCUGGUGUGGAGGGAACCUAGCUACCCCAACAGCAGCCGCACCGAGUACGAGAUCAAGUACUACGAAAAGGAACAGAAGGACAAGAGCUACUCAACGGUCAAGACGGCCGCCACCCGCAUCAGCGUCAACAACCUCAAGGCCGGCACCACCUACGUCUUCCUCAUCCGCCCCUUCUCCACCCCGGCCCCCUCCUCCUCCCUCCUCUCCGCCUCUUCCUCCUCCUCUUCCUCCUCCCCCUCUCCCAUCGACUACGGAGGCUACAGCGCUCCCCUGGAGCUGCAGACGCUUGGUGAAUUGGCGCUGGCGUCCAGUGAGCAGAACCCAGUAAUCAUCAUCGUGGUGGUGUCUGUGGCCGCCCUCAUCAUGCUGCUCUCUAUGGGAGUGGGCCUGCUCCUCUGGAGAAGACAAUGUGGAUACAGCAAGGCCAGUCAAGAGGGAGACGAAGAGCUCUACUUCCAAUUUAAGAUCCCGACCCGGAGGACCUACAUAGACCCAGAGACGUGUGAGGAUCUGGUGCAGGCUGUCCUCACCUUUGCCAAAGAGCUCGACAACUCCAGCAUCAAGAUAGAGAGAAUUGUCCACACAGGUGACUUUGGGGAGGUGUGUCGUGGCUGUCUCAAGCUGCCCAGUAAGCGGGAGCUUCCGGUGGCCAUCAAGACGCUGAGGGCCGGCUGCUCAGAGAAACAGAGGCGCUCCUUCCUCAGUGAGGCCGGGAUACUGGGACAGUUUGACCACUCCAACAUCGUCCGUCUGGAGGGGGUCAUCACCAGCGGUAACACCAUGAUGAUUGUGUUGGAGAGCAUGUCCAAUGGGCCCCUGGACUCCUUCCUCAGGAAGCACGAGGGCCAGCUCUCCGUGCUCCAGUUGAUGGACAUGCUGGGGGGCGUGGCCUCUGGGAUGAAGUACCUGACAGAGAUGGGCUUCGUCCACCGCCGCCUGGCCGCCCACAAGGUACUGGUCAACGCCAGCCUGGGCUGCAAGGUGUCCGGCUUCAGACCCCUCCAAGAGGACAAGAUGGAGGCCAUCUACAGCACAAUGCAUGCGGGGAAGAGUGUGGUGUUGUGGACAGCCCCAGAGGCCAUCCAGUACCACCGUUACAGCUCAGCGUCUGACGUCUGGAGCUUUGGCAUCGUCAUGUGGGAGGUCAUGUCCUAUGGAGAGAGACCCUACUGGGACAUGGGCAACCAGGACGUGAUCAAAGCGAUAGAGGAUGGCUUCCGCCUGCCCGCCCCUAUGAACUGUCCACCCCACCUCCACCAGCUGAUGUUGGACUGUUGGCAGAAGGAGAGGACCGAGAGACCCACCUUCAGCCAGAUCCACUCGGCUCUCAGCAAGAGCAUCCGCAGCCCCAACGGCAUCGGCUCCUCCACACUGGCACGCAGAACCCUCCCUCAGCUAGGAACCCUCCCUCUGGGCUCCUCCAUCUCCCUGGCAGAGCGGACUCUUCCGUCGUUCCCCUCGUUUAACUCGGUAGGGGAGUGGUUGGAUGCGGUGGACAUGGGGCGCUACAAGGACAACUUCACCGCGGCAGGAUACUGCUACCUGGAGUCUGUGGCCCGUAUGACAGUCCAAGAUGUAUUGAGUCUAGGCAUCACCUCUCUGGAGCACCAGAAACAGAUCCUGUCUGCCAUCCAGACCCUUAGAGCCCAGGUCAUCCAGAUGCACGGCAGAGGGGUGCAGGUCUGACACACACAUACACACACGUGCAAAUGGACGGACGGACGGAUAGAAGGAUUUUCACAGAGGAGAGACUCGUCUCUCAUCCAGAUGGACAACAUGAAGUGGAUAGAGAGAUCGGAAGAGAUAUCGCCACACUGCACCCACUCACUCUUCCUCCUCCUCCCUCUCUCUAAGUCCUUGGGAGCGAGGCAUCUUCCAGUCAUGUGAUCAACGUACUUUGUCGAAAGUCAUAUGACUUUUGUCUGCACGCUGACCCAAAUUGACUGGAUGUCCGCUCUGACAACAGGCCCUGGAUCAGUAGUUACAGAGACUUAAAACUACCCGGAUAGAGAAGUACUGUCCACCUAAAAUGUCUGGCACUGCUCUCAAAAUAUGGGGUAAUUACAUUUCCUUGAUGGAGAAGAACUGUCCCCUCAAGCAGAGUGAUACUCUACUGAACCACUUGUCUCAGAACUGAGGUUAAAACCACCCUGGUUGAGAAGUACUGUCCAUUACAGGGCUGUCCCUCUACCACUGGUCUCAGAACAGUGGGAUAAGGCACUAAUGGUGAAAGUUCUGUCUGUCGAACAGGGCUAAAAUGAUAAAACUGGUCUCAGUUCAAUGGUUAAAACAUUACUCUUCCGGCCGCUGAAGUGCGAUCGAGUGACUGGUUCCCACAGUGUGGGCGGAGCCCAGGCCGUGUCAAGUCGUACGUAGCCCGACCAAUCACGAGGCUGGAAAAAGACUUACCUUCAGAAGGAAACUACUGAUUAAAAAACAAAAACUAGAAAACUGUAAAUCGAAACAAAGGAUUUCCGUGUGUUUGAUUGUUCAUUUCUAUUUAGUCUGUUACACAAUUUGUCUUUUUAAAAAGUUUUUCCGUUAACCGUCUCUGCUCUCCCGGUGUUUUCUCAGUGUGUGGAAUGGCUAAUGUCCCUUAGCCGGGAUGUCAGUGGUAUCAUGUAGCGUCUCGCUAAUAUAUUUCUCCUGUCUAAAAAGCAUUUUCACUACAUGGGUAUAUUGCACUGUUGAGAAUAAAGGUCAAGUCUCAAGCUGACGUAUCUGAAAUGUAUUCAUAUUUAUAUGCGUUUCCAGUUUACAGACUCUCACACGACCUGACAGGAAGAGGUUACGAGGGUCAUACUUGAUUUUUUUUAUUACUAAAUCAUUUUGUGUCAUUUUGUGUUUAAGGAUGCUGCAAAGCACAUGUCCUUUGGUGUCAAGCAUAUCCCUUCCUAGCCGUUCUGUUUCUUUUGAUUACAGUGUGUAUCAUAACAUUUUCUUUAUUUUUUCUAAUUAGAGGGAUUCUGUUACUGAAUAAGGGUGUUCUGAACCAGAAGAAGAUAUUAUGAAGAGGACAUACACUAUAGUAUGUUGACUUUUGUCUUCUCCUAGACAGGGGUGUAGAAUCAUUUUGAUACAGUCAACAAAUCUACAGUAGUUGAUAUAGGACUUAUACAUUUUGAGUCCAGUGUCGCUGGAUGUAUGGUAUCGAUGUGUUGCAUUAUAUAUGCAGUAUUGCAGUAUUUCAGAAUGUCGUAGAGUGAUCAUGUAUGUUUUUUUUCCGGGCCAGCAAUUCAAGCCGUCAUGCAUAGGGCCCUGUGUUUUGGUUAAUCAUGUCACAUGACCUGGAUUUGAACCUUUUCGUUUAAAACUUUUUCAUCAAACAUUUCCCCCUUUUUUUUUAUGUCAGAUGGUCUAAGCGCCAUCCUCCGACAAUUGCUUACAUUUUUGGUCUAAUUCUCAUUUCUGGAAAAUGCUUAAAAUCAAGGUUAAGUGGUUAACUAAAACACAGGGCCUUAGCUAUACAUCAUGGUUGUACACUUAACAUGUUCUAAAUGUUCCUACAAAUCCCACAACCCCCCACUGUGCAGUCACAAGCCACUCCCAUUUGUCAGUAUUAUGUAUUUUUCAAAACAGGUAACAUUUAAUCGUAGGUAACAUGUUAUGAGGCAUUUUUUGAUUUAUAUCAUACUCUUGUAGCUCGCUGCAGUGCAUUCGGAAAGUAUUCAGACCCCUUCACUUCUUCCAAACUUUGUUACGUUACAGCCUUAUUUUAAAAUACUUUUCCCCCCUCAUCAAUCUAUACACAAUACCCCCAAAAUAACAAAGCGAAAGCAGUUUUUUUGUGUGCAAAUUUAUAAAAAAUGAAAAAGAUACCAUAUUUACGUAAGUAAACAGAUCCUGUGCUAUCAGACUUGAAAUUGAACUCAGGUACACCCUGUUUCCACUGAUCAUUCUUGAUGGUCCUACAACUUGAUUGGAGUCCACCUGUGGUAAAUUCAAUUGAUUGGACAUGAUUUGGAAAGGCCUGUCUGUAUGAGGUCCCACCGUUGACGGUGCAUGUCAGCAAAAACCGAGCCAUGAGGUCGAAGGAAUUGUCCGUAGUGCUCCAAGAGAGGAUUGUGUUGAGGCACAGAUCUGGGGAAGGAUACCAAAACAUUUCUGCAGCAUUGAAGGUCCCCAAGAACACAGUGGCCUCCAUCAGUUUUGAACCACCAAGAUUCUUCCUAGAGCUGGCUGCCAAGCCAAACUGAGCAAUCGGGGGAGAAUGGCCUUGGUCAGGGAGAUGACCAAGAACCCGAUGGUCACUGACAGAGCUCUGGAGUUCCUCUGUGGAGAUGGGAGAAACUUCCAGAAGGACAACCAUCUCUGCAGCACUCCACCAAUCAGUGUCCAGACGGAAGCCACUCCUCAGUAAAAGGCACAUGACAGCCCGCUUGGAGUUUGCCAAAAGGCACCUAAAGGACUCUGACCAUGAGAAACAAGAUUUUGUGGUCUGAUGAAACCAAGAUUGAUCUCUUUGGCCUGAGUACCAAGGGUCAUGUCUGGAGGAAACCAGGCACCGCUCAUCACCUGGCCAAUACCAUCCCUACGGUGAAGGAUGGUGGGGGCAGUAUCAUGCUGUGGGGAUAUUUUUCAGCGACAGGGACUGGGAGACUAGGAUCGAGGGAAAUACUGUGAUGGAAAAUGUUAUGUUUGUGCUUUUGUAGUAACAAAUUUCUGUGUUCAUGCAAGUGACUGACUGAUUGAAUGUGCCUGGGAGUAAUCCUCACCAUCAAUAUCUGCAAUUUGCUAGUACUUCCAGAACCUUGUUUUGAGAAUGAAAGGGAUAUCUCAGUUUCAAGGUCUCAGCUUGGAGAGAAGAGGCCUUGUGAGGUAUUGGUCUGUCACAUGCAUGAACCAGUAUUGGUCGGUCACAUGCGCGAACCAAACGUUAAUGAUAAAUUAAUUAUGAAUGAUGAAUAGGCUAAAUCAGGCUAAGUCUACGUAAACAGUAUGAGAUCUCACGGGACUGCCCCAAUGGAGCUCACUUCAGACCGGUACUUUAUGCAUCUAGGUUUGACUGUGACCUCUCCAGCUUGCUGUUAAUAAAACAAUGAUUCAUUUAAUAUUGGCCUUCAGUGUAACAAAGUACAGAGAGAUCCUUGAUGAAAACCUGCUUCAGAGCACUCAGAACAUCAGACUGGGGUGAAGGUCAACAGGACAAUGACCCUAAGCACACGCAGGAGUGGCUUCAGGACAACAAAGUACUGAGUAAAGGGUCUGAAGAGUUAUAUAAAUGUGAUAUCAGUGAUAUUUUUACAUUUGCAAAAAAAUCAAAACUUGUUUUUCCUUUGUCAUUAUGGGGUAUUGUGUGUAGAUUAAUCAGGGGGGGGACUAUGUAAUCACUUUUAGAAUAAGGCUGUAACAUAACACAUUUUGGAAGAAGUGAAGGUGUCUGAACACUUUCCGAAUGCACCGUACACAAUAGAUGUUUUAUUGGUUCAGUGCGGUUCAUAAAUGGCAUCUUGUAAUAGUAUCUGGUAUGAAAGGAAUACCAGUACAUUUUCUCUUUUCUUCCCAUGUAUUCUCUUUCUCUCUCCCCCUCUCUCUGGAGCGGUUUUGCCUCAACACCAUAUAUAAACCCAUAUCAUGUUCUGAAAAGAUACUCCUAUAGACUCACACACACACACACACACACACAUAUAUAUAUAUAGAAACAGUCUCAACAGCCCUGUAUACACAGACACCAAACUGGACCUUUUCACUUCAGCGAAUCAGUCGUUGUUGUGUGUGUGUGUCCCCCCCCCACCCCCCCUGUUUACUCUACCAUUACAAAAUAUGUUUACUGUAAAUAUGUAUUUGAAAAUGCAAUCUAUUUUUAUAAUUUGUUUGAAGAACAAUGUGUUAAAUAUCUGCUCACUGUGUAGGGGUUUUAUCGUUUGAAUUUAGGGCCAUUGCCAAUCAACUUGGGUGUUUGGAAUUUUAAAACAUAUUUUUUUUUUUUUUACCUGUUUAGAAAAACAGAUGGCUGUUGCAAUAUUGACAUGUGUUAUUAAAAAAUCUCCAAUAAGAGCAAA